AUGAUGCGCGUCCGCGACCUCUUGGCAGCUUCCUGCGCCUUGCGGCUUGCCGCAGCCUGCCCCUUCGGAGGUGAUGGUCCGCUGCCCGCCGGGCAUCCAGAGGUGGACAGUCGCCGGCUGAGCACCUACCCGGGCUGGCUCGUGGACGAGUAUGCGGACAGCCGCAGCAGCCUGUCGACUGCCGGGCCUGGCGCUCCGAGCCCUUGGCAGACGACCCCAAACUACAACCCCUUCCUUGACGAGCUGGCGCAGAAGUCCGCGGACAUGGGCGACGCGGAGCUGUGCUACUGGUCUUGGCAGUCGCUGCCCGGGCCGCAGAUGAGGCAGCCUGAGCCAUCGGUAAGCUUGGAGGACGUGAAUUUGUGGUUCGAGAACACGAACAACGAGGCGCCCAACUUUGCCGACUUGGCGGCAAAGAGGAUGAAAAGCCACGUGACCGCGGGCGGACAUGUCAUGUGGUCUGGCUGCGCGCUCGGAUCCACUCUGCGCAGGGCCAUGUGUGACAACAACAAAGAGGUGAGCACAGUCAGCGGAGCGCGCCUACAGGACUGUGGGCUCAACGCUGUGUACAACCAGACCAUCAUGAUCCCGAUGGCCAUUGUCAUCUUCAAGUUCCGCAGCUCCACCAUGGACCAGCUCAAGAGCUUCGUACAUUCUUGGCGCACGGAGCAGCAAGGGCACGUGCCUCAGAUGACAUCCUCCCUGGUGCUUGAGAAGGGAUGGGGCGUCGGCGGACAGAUCAUCUCCAAGACCGUGCCGUGCUCGCAGAUCCCUGAGAAGUUCAAGUACCAGAAUCUGGGCGAUUGCGAGCAAAUGGGCGACAGUGGAAUGCUACUUGCUGACGAGGCAUUUGAAGCCUGGAGCAGCCUGUGCAGCAUCACGAAGGACACCUGCCCUAGCACGUCGACGGCCACUUCAUCGGUUUCGUCUUCCGCCAGCGCCUUUGCGGCGGGUGUCGGCGUUGCGUUCAGCUUCUUCUUGUCUUCAUCUUGA